UUUUUUUCAUAAUCCAGGGGGGCAGGAUCCAAACGCAGUAGAUUAAUAUUGAAGAUGGAAGGAGCAGCAACGCGCACUGUGAUAACGUCUACCAGCAGCAGCACGGACAACUUUUCCACCUCUACUCUGGCAUGUGAUAGGCACUUUUUUCGCACUGCUUCGGGGCUCCUCGUUUUCGCAGAAAUAGUGUUUGGUCUGCUGGUAUGGAUGCUGAUAGCAGGGACAGAGUACUUCCGUGUGUCUGCCUUUGGGUGGGUCAUGUUUGUGGCCAUCUUGUACUGGGUCCUGACGGUCAUCUUCCUCAUCAUCUACCUGACCAUGGCUUACAACAGGAUCCCUCAGGUCCCCUGGACAACUGUGGGUCUGUUCUUCAACAAUAGUGCUACAGUGAUGUAUGUGGUGGCAGCAGCAGUAGACGCAGCCUCAAUCAGCCAUGCUGUUAAGGGACGCCAUAACUACAACUGCUGGGUAGCAUCCACAUUCUUUGCCUUCCUGGUGUCACUCUGCUAUGCAGGAAGUACAUAUUUAAGUUUUAAAUCGUGGAGAUCAAGGGAUGAGGAACAAUAACCAAUCACAAAGGACAGCUAAAGUAUAUCCGUUAUGGAACACAAGAAGAAUGCAACAACCACUCCUUCCCUUUGGAAUGCAUUUCUAUAUUUAAUUUCUGUUAUAUUUCUGUUAUUUUAGAGUUAUGGUGUGUUUCAUCUGUUGGAAUGACAGACCCUGAACCUCAGUGGUGUUUUUACUUCUUAUUCACUCAUGAGUUUAA